AUCUACCGAAACUAUUGUGUACUAGUUUAAGUGCUCAAUAAGCUGUUAGCUAUGUCAAUGUAUGUAAUAGUUCCUAACCAAUCCGUAGUGUCAUAGUGUGGCGCUGUACUUUACUAUAUAAGCUUCUACAUGUAUGUAGAUAAGCCCACUUUUUCUAACCAGCCUUCUGUAAAACAUUAAAUUAAGAUAUCAGAUUCUCUGCUUUCAUUUGGUCGCCAUUACCUCCAACGCUGAACAUAAUGGUGACCCCUAGUUUAAAUCGCGGUUAAUCUCAGUACUUUAAAGCGAAUCGCUAGUAAAUUUAGUAAAAUUUGCGAGCCGGUACGUCGAGGAAUCGCCGCGUAUCCUGAUUUAGGCCGGGAGAGCAACGUUACCACGUAGGCAGCAACCGCGUGGGGCUCCGCCGACCUGAAGAAGCUGAAGAGGUGACUAGGAGGCGACCACACCACUCGAUCGAGCGGCCUGAGCCAACGCGACAGGCGCCGACCGAGCCACCAAAGCGGGACCACGUGCGUGGCACCGCAGCCGCAGCAGGGAACGGCUACCGCAAGUACCAAAGGGACCACGUGGGUGGUACCACACCAGAGGCAGAAGGAGCGCCCAAGCGAGGGCAAUCACCAAGCUACGCCACGCGCACGAGCAUCAAUCGAGAAGGCAAGUGAGCUGGCAUUCCCUAACCUAUCUACCAAAUCUCCCUACCAAAUUUAAUUGUAAUCGAUUUAUUUCCUACAAAUUGUAAAUUGUAAUCGUUCUUAAUCAUGUUAGAAACUUCCAAAAACACUCUAGAAGAGUUAGAAAUUAGGCAGUUAAAAAAUAGACGAGGUGUCUGUAAGCGAAAAUUAACUGUAUUUAAUAAAUUUAUAGAAAGAAUCGACUCAAGUGCAUUGACGGCCGAAAUAAUUGUAGACAUAAGCUUAAGACUAGAACAAUUACCAAAGUUAUACAAUGAUUUCUCUGAGAUACAGGACCGGAUCGAGACACUGUGCAGCGACGAAGGGGACAUCGAAGCCCACGAGGCCGAGCGUAUGUCAUUUGAGGACACAUUUUACCGACUUAGCGCUAAGGGCAAGCUGCUGGCGAAGGUAGAUACCGAUUCAACACCAAAUGACCAUAGUCCGCAAGCCCCGCCGCAGCAACCCCUCGGUGAGUCGAUAAAAUAUCCCGAAAUUAGCCUCCCUAGCUUCGACGGAGACCUAACACAGUGGCUGCAAUUUCGAGACACAUUUGAUGCCCUAGUCAACCAAGCUAGCUUAGCACCGAUCGUAAAAUAUAAGUACCUACGCAGUUGUUUACAAGACGGCGCACUUGAGGUAAUUAGUUCGCUCGAUUUCUCCGAGGACGCGUACAUGCUCGCGUGGCAGAUGCUUUGUGAACGUUAUAAUAAUCCUAAACGUUUAGUCACCAACCACAUGCGAGCCUUGUUCGACGUGGAACCGGUACCGUCAACUCCUUCGGGUCUAAGAGGAUUUCAAAACCUUCCUAAAGAACCGAGCUGACCGGCUGGAAGCGACCAGCCCAGCAGUACCAUCGGACGCACCCAGCACUUCCAAGAAGGCCAUGGUAACCACGUCCGAACCUAUCAAGGUAACCUCCAAACAGUUUAAAUGUAACCAGUGUCCGUAUUGUUCGAGUACGCAUUAUAUUAAUCAGUGUCCAAAGUUUAGUGCAUUAAACGUUAUCGCGCGCAUCCGAGCCGUGAAUAAAUUACGAUUAUGCUUUAAUUGUUUGUCCGGAACGCAUGUCUUAACAAACUGCAGGGCCAGUACAUGUCGAGUAUGUAAGGGCAAGCAUCAUACGUUACUACACAAACCAAAUACCAACACUCAUGUAGGUAGUAACCCCGUACCAACGCGAUUACCAAUAUCAACGUUAAUCGACGAACAACCGAGUUCUAGUCAAAUCGAGACUACCUUGUCGAAUAACACUUUAAUCGAAAAACAAAUAAACAAUGCGCGAAAUAGGUCAGUUUUCCUUACAACAGCCCAAGUGCUCGUUAGGGAUAAGCAUAACAAUGUGCAUAAAAUGAAGGCAUUUUUAGACAAUGGCUCGCAAGAAAAUUUCAUUACCGAAAACGCGGCCAAAAAGUUACAAUUAAACAAGGAACAACUUGCCUUAAAUGUCAUAGGUUUCAAUGAAAAAGUGUC